UGAGCAAAGCAAAGUCAUUCUGCCUUGGGAAUAGUGACAGCUGUUUAUAAAGCUGAAGUUUUGUUUUUGCAUUCAGAGAGGAAUCGCUGCUCUCCACCGUUAGGAUCGUUUAUUUUUCUGAUAAGGCUCCAUCCGUAGGUCGCUUUCUUUCUAAUGAACCUUUAGAAUCCCAAUUAUGAAGAACUGAGGUGAAAUAAACAUAGGGGGCUAUAAACUUGGCUUUGUGUAAAAAAAAAGCGCCAUCUCAGAUGUCCCAAAACGUGGUGUCAUUAUCAGGAAUGGAGAUUAUGCUGUGACAUUGUGACGGAUCUCAAAUGAAUGAACUCUACCUCGUGUUUGUGUCAAUUAUACCUGCAUCUAGCAAGAAAAAAAAUGGACUGGAGCAUUUAAUGCGCAUGUCUACAUUUCCACAAAUACCCCAACUGUUUCCUAAUAAUGUGCAUCUCUACACAAAACAAGAGGCAACAUAGAGCUCAUGGAGGAAACUGCCUGCAGGACUGGAGCGGUAAACUGACACCGAGUCUCUGUGUGUGCACCUCUCUCUCCGGAUUUCACAGAGUUAGGCUUCAGUGGGAGAUGGCGACCGAGAACCCACAGCAACAUCUGGAGCGUCCGGCGCCCAUCCAGGCGAGCCCGGUUCCCGGAGUGCUCAAGUCGGCCUUGAUCGGCCAGCACUCCCCGUCCUUGGAGCCCUCGAGCCUGGUCAAAGCCAAGAAGAGUAGCGGAGGCUUGAGGCGGCCCGAGAAACCGCCUUAUUCCUACAUCGCCCUGAUCGUGAUGGCUAUUCAGAGCUCGCCGACUAAGAGGCUGACACUGAGCGAGAUCUACCAGUUCCUGCAGACGCGCUUUCCGUUUUUCCGGGGUUCCUACCAGGGCUGGAAGAACUCAGUGCGGCACAACCUGUCACUGAACGAGUGCUUCAUCAAACUGCCCAAAGGUCUGGGCAGACCCGGCAAGGGUCACUAUUGGACUAUAGACCCGGCCAGUGAAUUCAUGUUUGAGGAGGGCUCCUUUCGUCGUAGACCCCGAGGGUUCCGCAGGAAGUGCCAGACGCUCAAGCCCAUGUACAGGAUGAUGAAUGGCCUGGGCUUCGGCCCCUCGAUCAUCCCCCAACCCUUCGAAUUCCAGGCACCCACCGCUUCUCUCGCCUGCCACGCCAACAGCUACAACCUGGAGAACAGCCUCAGCAUGAUGAGUAACUCACUGUCAGGGAGCUACGAUGGGCUUAGCAGCGGCCACCAUGUCCCCCAUAUGUCCCCCAACCCCGGGUCCACUUACAUGGCCAGCUGCCCCGUGACUUCAGGCGGCGAGUACGGCGCAGACAGCAGCAGUAGCCCAGUCCCCUCUUCUCCUGUGGUAGCCAGUGCUUUGGAGUGCCAUUCUCCAUACUCGCCCUCAACUGCUCCUUGGUCAUCGUCGGCGACAUCGCCGUACAUUAAACAGCAGAGCCUGAGCCACAUCAACUCUGUUCCCUCCAGCCUACACUCUACCAUGUCAUCUUACUCGCUGGAACAGACAUACCUGCACCAAAAUACAAGGGACCCCGCUGAAAUUACAGUGGGCCUACCUCGCUAUCAGACUCAUUCCUCGCCUGUGUGUGACAGAAAGGAUUUUGUGCUCAAUUUCAACGGGAUUUCGUCUUUUCACCCCUCGCCCGGCGGAUCAUACUAUCAUCAUCAUCAUCAAAGCGUAUGUCAGGACAUCAAGCCUUGUGUCAUGUAAACAUCUGCCCCCACCUUAAAUCAACCCUCGUCUGUGCCUAUCUCUGAUCUUUUUUGAUUAUUCUGAUUCAUACAAAAUAAAACCAAGACAGGACACUGCACUGGUAGAGUUGGGAGAUUGAGCCCGAGCAUGUCAUUCAAGAAAAAAAAGUGGGGUGGGGGGGGUUGGACAGUGGGAAGCCUGUGGGGGACGCCUCAGUAUUUGCACAUCUGCAACUCUGUUGCCGAUUUUUCCUUGAGUCCUUUUGGUCAAAACAAGGAAUGGUUUAACGUCAGACGAACUGUCCUGUUGAUUCUGCCCGUUAGCCAUGAUGAAAAAAGUGGUGCGUAUGCCAGAUGCCUCAUUAUUUUAACAACGUUCAGUUCUUAUAUCAGUAUUAAAGAGCAGAAUGUGUAGUAUGAGCAUUAGCGUACUGUAUUUGUGUAUAAAUUUUGAAGUCCAAAGGUCAGACUUGAUGCCAUGUCAGUAUUAGACACUGAUUUGAAACUUUUUUUGCGAGGACAAUACGGAUUUUUACCAUAAUCUAUAACAAGACACAUGUAUGUAUACACGCACAUAAUGCUUUUUUAUAUAAAUAACUACAUUUGAAUAUAAUUGCACUUGAAAAAUGUAUACUUUAUGAUUGUUGCCAAAAAAUUUUGAUGUAAAAACUAAGUUCAAUAAACAUG